AUGGCAUCCACACCACCCAUCACCCCAUCCACAGCAGCUGCCUCUCAUCCCUCGUCAUCGGGCGACGGCAUCGCUACAAGUCGGCCAACUUCGACGUCCAGUGGGACCGGCGCCGUCCCGAUGGUCCGGGCGUCUUCAUUCACAAACAGCCCAGACGAAGACCCAGAGGUUCAAGAAGAAAUGGUCAACGACUCUUCGUCCAACGUUUGGGGAGACUCCAACGUUCAGCAGGACGACGGCAAGACCACGCACGAGCCGCCCGUGCGACCGCCGCCGCUCUGGAGGGAGAUGAGCGACCAGGUAUUCGUAGACGGCGAGGACCCAGAAGAAGGACCUAGCGACUAUUGGCGUAGACCCUCACCGACACUCUCACCCGACCAUACCGUCCCCGUCGACAGCCCCUGGCUACGUGGCGGCGACAUUGCGGAGGAAGAAGACUCUCAGGACGAGGCCGACGCGGCCGAGCACGCCGACGCCGACGCCGCCGAAUACUCGAAACGUCUCGAACAGGUGCUCGCUCUCGGAGACACGCCCGUAUCGUCGCCUACAACGCGAAGAGUCAAUGGCGCCCACCGGCAUGAUGACGACACCGACGAGGAAGGCUGGGGCGAGUACCAGUCGCCCAACGGCGCAGGGUACGACGCGGCAGUGCGCGAUGUGCUUCGCGACGGCAGCGAAAGCGGAGUCGUGCACGACGAAAAGGGAGAGGAAGAGUUCGGUGUGUUGCACCAGGCUGCACAGGACAGCUUUUCAGAUCGCACACCGUCUGUUGUGUCCUUCUCCGGCCUCGAACGUUCAGUGCGCGCCAGUCCAAGUGGCCCAUCACGCAGUUAUAUCCACCCCUCCGUCUCUCGUCUGCGUUCCCAGCAGCAGCGUGCGCGCAUCAACAGCUCCAACUCUCUCUUGUCAAUCACCUCAACAGCACGACACGCUCGCAUUCCGAGCCAGUUUUCACAAGUCUCAAUCUCGCGCUCAGACUCGUACUCGACUACUUCGGGGGCCGGCCAGUCGCGAGUGGCGCCCGCGAACACGGACGAACUGGGCGAUCGCGGUCCCGCAUUCACGUUCCACCCGCUGCGCCACUUGUCAGCGCACCUCUUCAACCGUACCAAGAAUGGCGUCGAGACGCCCACACGGCCUGCGCCUUCGCGCAAGGCGAGCUCUGUCCUGGGCUUGUCGUUGUCAAGCAGUAGCGGACGUCCCGAGUCACCGGCGCCGACAGAUGGCGGACUGGGGAAGCCUACGGUCAUGGAUGUCCACGGCAUGAUCGCCGUCGGUACAGAAUCGGGCUGGGCCGUUGUCUAUGGUUUCGGACAGGAUGUCCGCUGCGUCCUUGGAAAUGACGCCACUGUGGCCUCUGGUGCAAUCACCGCCAUCACCAUCUGUCCCGAUCAGACCUAUGUCGGCGUGGGCCACGCCAAUGGUAACAUUUACUUGUACGACUUGGAGAGCCCCGCGAAACCCGCCCGCACCCAGCUUGCUCUGCCUCUCAAGCAGGUGCUUUCCGGCCGCAAGGAAGGUCACUUGCAAGGCAGCCGGAUUUUGCACAUUGGCUUUGUGGGCAAGCGUCACACUGCCAUUGUCACUGGCGACGAGCAUGGGCGCGCGUUUUGGUUCAGUCUCGGUCGCGUCAUGGGUGUGGACAGCAACGACGCUGUCCGUAUGUUGGGUUCGUAUCCGGACCGCGACCGCCCUGCCGAUGUGCCUUCCUCGCCUGCCCAAACCCAAGAAGGCCAGGGCUCUGCUCCUAGCUCGAUCCGCUCGCAACCGUCCAAGCGGCCCACGACGCUGUUUGCUGCUCUGCCGCUGCCGCUGGGAACCCAACCACACACGGCCGACGAGUUUCACUUUUCGGCCCUCCUCACGCCCGUCAAGCUGGUGGUCGUGGGCCUCAAGCCGUCAGCCAAGACGUGGUUCCGCAAGAUGCGCGACGCCACGUCUGGGCCAUAUGGCGGGUUUGUGGGUUGCGCGGCAUGGCUCAAGGCUGGCGAGGUCGCUGGUGUCAGUGGACCGGACAAGGUCACGUCCGAUCCCGUGCUUGCGUACGCUUGGGGAACAUCGCUGCGCUUCCUCCGCGUCCGUGUCAACGUCACACCACCCGUCGACAAGAAAUCCGAGGCUGUCAAGACCCCCGAGUUUGUCGAAGGAAGACGGUGGGAGGCUCCGCAUGCGAUCCAGUCGCUCCAUUGGUUUGAUCCAGAGCACAUUCUCCUCGUUACAGCUCACGAAGUGAUUCUCCUCAACGUGCGGUCCAUGACCCCGGUGGAAAACACGCCACUGCAGACCAAGCUCCUCACGUCACAUGACUUUUACUCUGCCCUCAGCUUGCGCAAGACGUUGAUCGACGCUGUUCCUCCCGCCAUUCAGAGCAGCUGCCGGACCUACCGAGGCAAGCUGUUCCUCCUUACCAAGGCAAACGUCCAAGUCGGCACAUUGCAGCACUGGAACGACCGCGUGCUGGCCAAUGUGCACCGUGGCGAUUUCCUGGCGGCCAUCAACUUGGCGUUGGCAUACUACAAGGGUCGUGCGCCUGGAAACACCAUCAACCUCCCCGACGACCCUGAAGGACGCCGCGAUGUUGUUGGCACGCGUGUGCGAGAGCUGAUGCGCGCGUCACUCGACUGGGCCUUUUCAGAAGAACGUAUGCGCGACGAUACGCACUUUUCUGCCGACGGCCGCGGUGUUGACCUCACUUCGCUGUUUGAGGGCCUGGCGACCGCAUGUAUCGACGCAUGUCUCGCCAUGGAUGACAUGGACUUCCUCUUUGACGACACGUACGAGCACUUUGCAAGCGUGGGCAUUCAAGGCAUCUUCCUCACUCGACUCGAGGCCUAUGUCUUUGAGGGCCGCAUCUCCGAAGUGCCCCCCAACGUCGUCCAGGCCCUCAUUGCCAUGCACGACGACAAGGAAGAAUACGCCCAGGCCGAGAGUGUCAUCUGGCACAUCCAGCCCCACUCGCUCGACAUCAACCAGGCAGUCACUCUGUGCGAGAAGCGUGGUCUCUGGGAUGCCCUUAUUCACGUGUACACUCGGGCCAUGGGCGACUUUGUGGCACCCAUCGUCAAGCUCAUCAGCGUCGUCUGUGAUGUCCAAAGGCACCGCCACGACCGUCCCAGUCUCGUCGGCGACGACUUUGCCGACGAGGAGCGUCUGGCGCCAGACGCGUACAAGCUGUACGCGUACAUUGCCAACGUCCUCUCGGGCCUGUGGUACCCCUCUGGCGAAACGAUGCGCGACGCAGACGGUAUCCGGGCGCGUAAUGCCGCGUAUGGCUUUCUCUUUUCCAGCUGCAACCUGUACUGGCCCGAGGGCUCGACCGACCUUGUUGUCACCGAGCAAGACGACGACGGAAUGGGUGAACCUGCGUACCCGUACCUCCGCCUGUUACUGCGCUUUGACACCGAGGCCUUCCUCCACGCCAUGGACAUUGCAUUCGAGGACCCAUACCUCAACGACCCCAGCAGCGCCAUCAACCGCCAGAGCAUCAUCAACCUCAUGCUCGACGUCAUGGAGACGGAUUUCCACAGCUCGGACGUUACAUUUUUGCACAUUUUCGUCGCGCGCAACUUGCCAAAGUACCCACAGUUCAUCUUCCUGCCUCCCUCAACCUCGCACCGCAUCCUCGUCUCGCUUGCGGCGGACCCAGACCAGUCGACGCGCGAGGACCGCCAGCUCGCGGCAGAGUACCUGCUGUCGGCGUAUACGCCGCAUGAUGCCGACGAGAUGCUGGCGCGGUUUGAGCAGGCUGGGUUUUUUCGUAUCCUGCGCGCGGCGUACCGCCGCGACCGCAAGUGGGCGCCGCUCAUUGACACGUUGCUCAAGGAUCCCGAGGCGGAUGACUCGGUGUUUGCCAACCUCGACGAGAUUAUCAUCUCGAGCAGGCCUGGAGGCACUGGGUUUGUGACCACUGAAGUGACGCGCGCCGUCGAGGACGCUCUCCCGCACCUCUUUGACGUGUCUGUGCGCCAGACGGCGCGCUUCAUCGACCGGUCUGUCCCCGGCCUCCACGAUGCGGCUAUUGACGCUCUCGAGGGCUCCGAGCACAAGCAGGCCGCAUACCUCCGCUGCCUACUGGAUCCGUCUGCCGAGGAGGGCGAAGGCGAGUCGGACAUUUAUGCCGCCGAGCAGCAGCUGCCCGUGUCGACGCACGUCCACCAGGCCGCAAAGCAAAAAUAUGUGCGUCUGCUCGCUCGCCACGACCCGACUGCUGUGGUUCCGUUCCUGGACGCGCGCGGCCGCGACUUCUUCAACCUCAAGACGCUUGCCGAGCAGCUCGAGGAGGCGGGUCUCCCCGAGGGCCAGCUGUGGGCGCUGGACCGUGCCGGUAAGCGCAAGGACGCGUUCGAGACGGUCGACGCUGUGCUUGCUGCGCGCGGCGCGGACCUCGCCGAGGGCCUACAGCGCAGUUCCCAGGGCGACGUGCACAUGGCGCUCGCGACGCUCGACUCGGUCGCGCACAUGGCUGUCCGGCUGUGCAAGGAGCACACGAAGAAUGACGACGUCGACGUCGAGGACCUUUGGUUUGGCGUGCUGCACAGUAUCACCGAGCUCGUGCACUCCAUCUCGGCGUUCAAGCCCACCGCCACAGCAGCCGGCGACGACCACGACGACGCGUCGCUCAACGCACAUACCCUCGACGCGCUGCGCGGGUUCGUGCAGGACACGCUUCAGGCCCUGCUGUCCACGUCCUCGCCCCGGCUCUCAUUUGCGCGCCUGUUCAAGCGCCUCGUCGAGGCUGCGCCUGCCGGCUCGUCGUCGUCGCCCAAGAAGCAAAAAGGCAAGAAACACCACCGUCGGCAGUCGUCGGCUACGGGCGGCGCGCGCGCGUACUCCGAGUUCCGCGCCAUCUUGACGGGCAUGCUCGACUCGUUCCGCGCCGACAGCGAGGCGCUCGCCCUCAGCAUCCGUCUCGUCGAGGGCGACGGGUUCGAGCUGCUCGAGGAUAAAGUGGCCAUUAGCAACAAGGGCUGGCGACCCCACAACAGCGUCUGUGUCGCGUGCCACAGGGGUCUGUGGGUAGGCGGGAAGGGAGGUGUUGGUGCCGAGGGGGUGGUGGUGCGUGCGGACGGCGCGGCGGUGCAUGCCGCGUGCAAGGAGUAG